GCCAGGGAUGCUCUGGCUUGUGCAUGAUGCUCUAGGCAGUGCAUGAGACUCGGUUGAACAUGUCGAGGUCUGUGGCGUGUAUCGUGGAGGUUCUGCAACGGCGGUCCAUAGCUUUGAUAGAGCAACCUGGUGCUCAAUCAUGAUCAUCCUGUCCCUCCUGCGCUAUUUCAUGCCUCUCGUUUAGAUGGUUGUUCUGGGUCAACGAGGUCGCUCACGAAGAUGGACUGAGAAUUGGUUCCGCGGAAGCAAAUGUCGUACCAACAUUUGCAAAUUUGAAGAUCCACAAGUGACACACUGGAACAGGCGCCCACCAAGCAAUCGGCACUAAAGCCCUGUCGGGAUUGCGAAUUCGGAGUUCUAGAACUUAGACUAUGGCCGCCCCAAUUUAUUUUCGUUCGAUCGAAUCUUCGCUGCUAUUUAAACCCCCAAAUGUCUUCACGCAAAGUAAACGACAUCCCUUUUCCUUCAUUUUCACUCGUAAUAAACCAGUAUUCGAUAAGCAACAUGAGAUUGCCAAGCUACAGGGCGUCUUAUUUGCUUCGCUUCCACCCUUACCCGAGAGUCAAACUCAGCCAACGUGAGAUUAUGGUGAGCGAUGCCACGAACAUCAUUUCAGCGCUAUUUUUGACCCUUGUCGCGAAGCACGCUGUUAAUGAUCAUCCCAGCAGCCUGUAUGAUGAUAUUGUUGAAAACGAUGACAGUGCUGGACCGGUGAUCCUCAACUUUGUACGCGUUUUCUUUUUGUCAUUUUGUAGUCUUAUUCAAUUCUCAAAUGCAGCCCGACCUCCCUGAAGAACAGCA